CCCUCAUUACCAACCACCCUCUCCAAGCCAGCAUCAUCAACCACCCGGUCAUUCAUACCCACCACCUCCAGGGCAGUCGUACCAACAAAAUCAACCAGGUUCAUACCCACCACCUCCAGGGCAGUUGUACCAACAAAAUCAGCCAGGACAAGGGAUGUCUGCCAUCAGCAACAAUCUGUCAGAGCUAGAUCAGCUCCUGUCAGAUCUCAACUCGGCUCAGUUUAUGGCGGAGGUGGACAAGAAAAACCCACCAAGCUCAGGUAAGAUGCCUCCUCCAGUAGCUCCUAAGCCUGGUAGAGGAGGUCAGAGUGGUGGAGGAGGGACAUCUGUCGACAGCCUGUUAGAUCAACUAGAAAGCUCUGUACCACAGACACCUAACACUAGACAAGGAGGAUACCCUAGGCAGGUUGAAGUGAACAAUUACCACUAUGAGACGAGGGAACAGAACCCACCACAGACAUAUAACUAUGCUCAUGAACAAGAACACAUACAGGCGUAUAAUUACGCUGAACCUAAACAAGCUGUACAGACAAGUAGUGCUGCCACACAAGAACUAGAUGAUUUAAUGUCUACACUCUCAGAUUUUAAAAUGAAGGACAAUGCACCGGGACAACAGCAGCAGGCCACAGUAAACCCGAUGAGACGGUCUCCGUCACCAGGUAGCGAACCUUCGUACGCUAAACCGCAGAAAAGUCGUAAUCUCUCCCAGUCUAGCAGUGCUAAUAGUAGUUUACAGAGUAGCAGUAUAACAGGAAAUGUAUCGGGCAGUUCAGCACAAGGUGGUCAGUUAGAGUCUAUGCUGGGAGAUCUUCAGUCAGAUCUUAAUAAACAAGGUGUUAAUACUAAAACUAAGGGCUUGUGUGCUGCUUGUAACCAGCCAGUUGUGGGACAGGUGAUCACAGCAUUAGGUAAAAUCUGGCAUAUUGAGCAUUUUAACUGUGCUCAAUGUCAUGAGACGCUUGGAACAAAGAAUUUCUAUGAGAGGGAUGGUAUGGCAUACUGUGAGAGGGAUUAUCAUUCUUUGUUUGCCCCACGAUGUGCUUACUGUAAUGGACCCAUUGUAGAUAAAUGUGUGACAGCAUUGAACAAUACGUGGCAUCCUGAACAUUUCUUCUGUGCCCAAUGUGGCCGGCCAUUUGGAGAUGAGGGAUUUCAUGAAAAAGAUGGUAAAGCUUACUGCAGAGCUGAUUUCUUUGAGAUGUUUGCCCCUAAGUGUGGAGGGUGUGGCCGUGCUAUUGUAGAUAACUACAUCUCUGCCCUCAACAGACACUGGCAUCCAGAAUGCUUCGCUUGUUGGGAAUGUCAUGAGCCAUUUGGUGGUAGCAGUUUCUUCGACUACGAAGGUUUGCCUUACUGCGAGACACAUUACCAUUUGAAGCGUGGUUCCCUGUGCGCCGGCUGCCAGAAACCGAUCGCCGGACGAUGUAUCACGGCCAUGUAUAAAAAGUUCCAUCCGGAGCAUUUUGUGUGCGCGUUCUGUUUGAAGCAGUUGAAUAAAGGAACAUUUAAAGAACAGAAUGAUCGGCCGUAUUGUCAUCCUUGUUUUGUUAAAUUGUUCGGGUAAACAAAAUAUUUUGUAGUUCAAACAACACUUUUUCAUCUUUGAACCAUCUUUAUCAUGUUCACAUAUCUACAGUAAAUCUCGCUUAUAACAUUAUUCAGGGGAUGGCCAAAUUGAUUUCGUUACCGGUUAUAUCCGAAUAUCGUUGUAUCCAAGUGGCAACCAAUUUGAAAACAAAGAGUCGGGACCCUGGCAACCAGUCAUAGUUAUAAGCAGUAUCUCGUUCAAAGUGAUUUCAUUAUAAGCGAAGUUUACUGUAAUAAUAUUGUAGAAUAUAAUCAUCAAGGUUUCGGGGUUUUUUUUAUGUCUGACAACAGUUUCAUGAAGUCACCUGAUGCCUGUAUAUAGUCAAAAAUAUUAUAUUUCACACAUACUGGCAACAUCAUUUGCACACAAAAGAAAAUUCUUGGAUAAUAUUUGUCUGGACUGAUUCUUACUGUUAAGUGAAUAAUAGAGAAAAUAUGUAGUUCAUAUCAGAACUAAAAGUUCUGAUGAAAUCUCUCUGCCAAAAUGAUCAAAAUAUUUAAAUUUCUAGAAAGAAAAAAAAGUUGUAUGUUAUACUUUGAUGUUAUAUACCUCACAAACAGUUUAUUGUGAAACAGACAUAGAAUGUUGAUGUAAGAUGUGAGAUAAAUAUGAUUUAAUGGUGUAAAAAAAUGGAAAGGUAUUAAAUUUAUUUUUGAUCCAUUUCAUAUUGAGAUUUUUAUGUAAUGCAUUGAUAAUUUAGCAGUUGAUAAUUGGAUAAAGCAUGUUCUGUUGAAAGGAUACAUUCAUGAGAUAGAGAAACAUUGGUUUAUGUUUUUCUAUGAAAUUGCCAACUUGAAUAUAGAGGAUAUUGAAUAAGUGCAGGGUUAAUACUAAAUUUAUUGAACAAGUUUUAAUAAAAUCAUUAUGCAGGCAUCUGGCGAGCAUUAUAAAGGUUUAUUCAACGAGUUCAAUAAAUUUAGUAUUGAAUCUACACAAAUAUAAUGUUCUGUUUAUCACAUAUUUAAGAUAAGAACGAUUUACAGUUAAAAAGAGUCUCAAAGAGUUUUUUUAAAUUGACGCUCCUGUAGUGUAACACUAACAUUAGUGCACUAUUGCACUAUGUUUGUAUACAACGCAAGUGACAUCACAUCAAAUUGACAUAACCAUACAUCAAUUUAAGGCAAACUUUAAAAAUAUUUACUGAAUGAAUAGUGCAGACUAGUACCCAACAGCACAGUUGUAUCAAGGUCUGCACUGGUUACAUGAGUUUAUUCAGUUGCCACUAACAUGGCUAUGGGUUAACAUGAUGCUAAUUCGUUCCUUGAUUUCAUAGAGUAACAACUCUCUUGACUUAAACCCUUGUCUUGCUAAAUUUUCAUAAUGGACUUUCCCUAUUUUAAAAUUGGAAUAGUUCAUUGCCAAUUUAAGGGAUUUCAAAAUACUAGCAUGAAACAGCCAAUAGUGUAGAGUCUGGUCAGUUUUUCAGAAUGACCUGGUGCAAUAUUGAUAACAUAGGUUAUAUAUUGUUACCAUGAGUAUUAAAGGGAGGUAACUAUGUGGCACAAUAAAGAAGGUUCAAGUGACUGCUGUGGUUAAAGAUGAAAUAGUGAUGUUUGUUUUAGAUAGGUUUAACAAAGUGAAUGUGAUUUUUUUUAUGUAGAUUAAGUUAGGAAUUGUUAAAUUUAAUAUUUUACAGGUCUGAUAUAUAAUUAUUUAGAAAAGUUUGUUUUUUCUUUGUAUAUAUUUGGCACAUUUUUUAUGUAUUUUGUAUGUAAUUAUAUAACUUUACCUAUUAAAUUUUUUAUGAGAAUAUUUUUGUAUGUAGAUUAUUAGGCAAUUAUGAAGUAGCCAUUUUAUGCUGGUUUAUAAAUGAAGUUUGCUAUGUUAAUUGAAAUAUUUGAUUCACCAUGAAAUAAAAAAGGAAAUAUUUUUUUUUAUUUCCUACCUUUUGGAAGGGAGACUAAUCAUGCUAAAAGCAAUUAUUUACUGCAAAAGAGUUGUUUCCCUUUCAUUAUUUCCCUAGAGUUUGCUAGUAGUCUUGUUGUUUGGUUACAGAUGAAUACCCUUUAAAGUUGAAAAUGUUUGAUUUCUAGGAUUUGUAACAUUUGAGCCGUGUCACAACAAAACCAACAUAGUGGGUUUGCGACCAAUAUGGAUCCAGACCAACUCUUUAACAAGUAGUGAAACUGAUAGCGAACAGCAUGGAUCCUGAUCAGACUGCGCGGAUGCGCAGGCUGGUCUGGAUCCAUGCUGGUCGCAAACGCACUAUGUUGGUUUUGUCAUGACGCGGCUCAAUUUUAACAAUUUAAAUGUAAUCAAUAUCAGUUAAAUUCUAGGCUUAAGUUUUCUUUUUUAAGGACAGUGCUAAAAAGUUUUGUAUUAUGCACAAAAUAUCACAUAAAUUGAGAAUAUUUAUGCAUUUCUUACACUUCAGAUGAGUUUUUUUUGUAAGCUCUUCUACUCAAAUGAGAGAGUGUGGCUUUUGCUUUGUCAUUUUCAUUUCUUUUUUCUUGCCCCUUUUUAUUAUUCAUCCUAUAUGCAAUUGUUGUUGUA